AUGAUUUCUGGGAAUCCUCCAAUAAUGGCGAUAGUAGCUCCAAAUCUCACCACCCAGUCGCUAUUCGUCAAAUCUCUAAAGCUCCGGCAAUCGCGCGUUAGACUACCUGCAACCAUGGCGACCCCCGUCGCUGUUACAGGAACGACGGUGGAUCAAUUCAAAGACCAUCACCCGUCGCUGGAAGUUCUGGGUGGAGCUUGUGACUCCUUCUGUCCAAUUAUCAAGACUCAUUUGGACCGUCCGUACAAUUCCUUUCCGGUCUUCGGGUCAAACCGCCACCUCGAGACCAUAUUCGCCGCUUUCUUCCGAAAAAUCCCCGAUGUGAAGUUGAAGCGCGAGUGCCUCAGGACCCAAGACGACGGAACAGUCACCCUCGAUUGGGUCUCCGGCGAUGCGCGCAACUUGCCGGAAACCUCCCCUAUCCUACUCUUACUCCCUGGUUUGUCGGGAGGAAGCCAAGAUGCAUAUGUACGGCAUAUGCUGGUGAGAGCAAGAAACAGAGGGUGGCGCGUGGUGGUAUUCAACAGCCGUGGCUGUGCUGAUAGCCCUGUUACCACACCUCAGAUGUAUUCGGCUUCAUUUUUAGGAGAUCUCGAUGAAGUGGUAGGACACAUUACUACCAGGUACCCUAAAGCCAAUUUAUACGGCACUGGUUGGUCCAUGGGAGCAAACAUUCUUGUUCAAUACUUGGGGAAGGAGUCUGGUGCAAGGAGAUUUUCUGGUGCAGUUUCCAUGUGUAAUCCUUUCAAUUUGGUUAUGUCGGAUGAGGAUAUAUGCCAAGGGUUUAGCAAAAUUUAUAAUAGAUCUCUUGGAAAGGCUUUGGGUGGCAUUUUAAAGAAGCAUCUUCCUCUGUUUGAAGACAUUGGUGGCGAUUACAAUAUCCCAUUGGCUGCAAAUGCAGAAACUAUCCGGGAGUAUGAUGAAGGACUGACUCGAAUUUCGUUUGGGUUCAAGUCAGUGGAUGAGUAUUUGCAGAAGUCAUGCAGUGCAGAUCACAUUAAGAAUGUUCAAACACCUUUGCUUUGCAUACAGGCAAGAAAUGAUCCAAUAGCACCUGAUAGAGCAAUACCUCGUGAAGAUAUAAAGAUGAACCCUAAUUGUUUGCUGAUAGUUACACCUAAAGGAGGUCAUUUAGGGUGGGUUGCAGGUGAAAAUGCUCCUUUAGGAUGCCCAUGGACUGAUCCCAUGGUCAUGGAUUUCCUGCAACAUCUUGAAAAUGAAAAAUCAGGCAUACAAGAAGCUACUAAUAGCCUGCUACAGCCACUAGAGGCAUAG